CUCGGUUACACCGGAAAUAUGUUCCCAUAAUGCAAUAAAGCAAGCCCGCGCGGUUUCCCGGCACAGGCCUCCGUCACAUGGUGCGCUGCUGGUUUUCAUCCAACACUGACAACUGGAUCCGCUGAGGCUGAGGAGGGUACCGGGAAGUUCGGCAUUUUAUCCCAAAAAGACAAAAAUCUUCGCCAUAUUCAGAGCAACACCCGGAGCUCCGCCGUUAGGGUAGUAAGAACAAGACUUGCAGAAAAGUGUGAGUUUCCUCUUUACUACUAAAGAGGAACUGCUUAAUGCAAACGGCUUAAAUUGCUCUCUAAACGCUGAGUGCUGCUCUGACACGUUCUUGGAUUUACGUUUGGGUUUAAUCCUAACCCGCUGAUUUCAAAUUUUUAGGAUUAUAUCACCGUGCGGGCUUUUUUUUUUUCUUCUAUUUUUUUCCCCCCUGCCCUGAAAGGUUGAGUUGUAUCCCGGAGUAAUGACUCUGAGCCCCGUGGGGGCUUGCUGCCUCAGCCCGGAGGCCAAAGAGGCUCGCAGGAUCAACGACGAGAUUGAGAAGCAGCUCCGGCGGGACAAGAGGGAUUCCCGGCGGGAGUACAAGCUCCUUCUGCUCGGAACUGGUGAAAGCGGGAAGAGCACUUUCAUUAAACAGAUGAGGAUCAUUCACGGUCGGGGCUACUCUGAAGAAGAUAGAAGAUGCUUCACCAAACUUGUGUUCCAGAACAUUUUAACUGCCAUGCAGGCCAUGAUCCAGGCCAUGGACAAGCUGCAGAUCCCCUACAAGUAUGAGCACAACGAGGCGAAUGCCAGCAUGCUCCGGGGAGUGGACGUGGAAAGGGUCACCACCUUAACAAACCCUCAAGCCGCUGCCUUGAAGAGCCUGUGGAGUGACCCGGGAAUUCAGGAAUGUCACGCUCGGAAGAGGGAAUACCAGCUCUCUGACUCAGCUAAGUAUUAUCUGAAUGAUCUGGACCGAAUUACGGAUGCUGCUUAUCUCCCGAACCAGCAAGAUAUCCUGAGGGUCAGAGUUCCCACCUCCGGUGUUAUAGAGUACCCCUUUGACCUGAAGAGUGCGCUGUUCAGGAUGGUGGAUGUGGGCGGCCAGCGUUCAGAGAGGAGGAAAUGGAUCCACUGCUUCGAGAACGUGACCUCCAUCAUGUUCUUGGUGGCGCUGUCCGAGUACGAUGAGGUUCUGGCCGAGUCCUCCACCGAGAACCGAAUGGAGGAGAGCAUGGCUUUGUUCCAGACGAUCAUAAGCUACCAAUGGUUCCAGUACUCCUCCAUUAUCUUGUUCCUCAACAAGAUCGAUCUGCUGGAGGAAAAGAUCAUGCACUCACAUUUGGCCGACUACUUUCCUGAAUAUGAUGGCCCUCAGCAGGACGUGGAAGCAGGAAAAGACUUCAUCUUGAGCAUGUUUGUCCGUAUUAAUCCAGAUAAACUCAUUUACUCCCACUUCACAUGUGCCACGGACACGGAAAACAUUCGCUUUGUCUUCUGCGCCGUGAAGCACCACAUCUUGCAGGGCAACCUGGAGGACCACAACUUGGUGUAAAGGCAACUUUGGAGAGGGGACUAAAUCCUCUCCAUGCGGUCGGAGGGAGUCUGCGGCGCCUCCUUAUGACCCAAAGCGGGAAAAUUCAGAAGCUUCAGAGCGCCCCAUCAACACACCGCUGCCGCUGAUGCAUAUCUUUGUUUUGUUAGAACAUCAGAAAAAGAAAAAUGCCUCAUCGCUGAGCAGUCAAACAAAUCAACGGAGCACUUUGUGGACGGAUGGGAGCAGAAAAUGCACACAGGGAGGGAGGGAGGUGGUUUAUUUUGGCCUCCGAUCGCUUUGAGGAUCUUUCCUUCAGGGAAACGGUGGAAGUGAAUCCAGAGCAACUGCAGUGCAGCACAUCAACCCCGUCAGCCUUUCAGGAGCAGGAGGCGGCUUAACAUCAAUUCAUCUUGUGCUCAUUUUUUUUAAACUUUAUUUUGCUUUCUACUGUAAAAAAAAAUCCACACAUUAAUACAUUUGUUUAAUUUUUGAAUUCAGUUCUUCCAUGUUUUCAUUUCUUGUACGGUUAAUCCUUUUUAUGUGACUAGAAAUCCUUUUCUACAAUAGAAAAGUUAUUUUAAGAUGUAAAUUUGUACAUAACUGUCUCUUGUUCGCAUCAGAAGAAACUUUCAUAUAAUUUAAGGGGAUAAUCUAGCGCUCUGCGAUUCUAAAAAGAUGCUGAUAAAGGGGAUUUUUUUGCACAGAACCAGUAAAAAGGGCAAAGCUACAGUGCUACCAUUUUUCCCCUCUACUUGGCACUGUUUAAUUUAUGAACACAGUUUAUGUCACUGCUGGGGUUUGAUGCAGAUGCAUAAAUAAGGCCUGUGGCAAUUUUUUUAAGGUUUUCACUGUUUACAAAUCAGCUGUAAUAAACUGACAGUUUUUCAA